CUGAUCUCGGAUGUCCGUCUCAACAGCUACGAGGUUCAGAUCGAGGAAGGCGGCCGUCGUCGCGGGCUCGGCCAGAGAGUGCUCUGUGUUCUGGAGCGACUGGCUCAGGCCACACGGAUGAGGUGUGUCAGACUCACAGCUCUCACACACAACCCCUCGGCUGCUGCAUUCUUCAGGGCGUGCGGGUACAGUAUAGACGACACAAGCCCGCCCAAAGAGGAGACGAACCAUUACGAGAUACUCAGCAAGGCUACGGAACAAGUAGAGGGUGAAGACUCCAAGGAACAGUCAACAGAUGGCGCGCUACACACUGACAUACACUGA